CUUUAACAUGACAGCAGUGCAUGAAAUCAUCAAUAACGCAUUUGUUGUGUAUGGUUGUUAAGGUGAUGAGAUUGCAAUUGAUGCUUUAGCCAAAGACUCAUUCAACUUCAUUCAAUUCAGGGGUUGUUUCCUAAACUUUGCAUUCCCGCUGCGAGGCAAUGCAAAGGUUUGGAACAACUCAUUCAUGGUAUGAUUCGGCAAAUAAUGCGUCCUUCAAUUAAAGUCCAAUGACAUCAGAUUCAUCAGAUAUUCAGAUUAUAUGCAAUCUUAAAACACAUGUUUUUGUCAUUUCAGUUGCUUGUAAAAUUACAAAUCAUGGCUGACAGCGACUCGCCAUUAUCCAAUGGCGUCCAAAGUCAACAACAGUCAAAAGGAACGCCGAGUGUUACAAACACAAAUGGAAAGCUCGAAACCACAAAUCACGCAAAUGGAACAAAAAGGCUUGAUAAUUGUACAGAAUGGUUAAAUGGCCUUAACAAAUAUGAACCUACGACGUUCUUCCGACAGGGCUAUUAUGAAGAUAAAGAGCAUAAGACGAAUCUGACAAAAAGCGAAGAUAUUAAAAGCUUGACAUUUGAUAUCCCAGCGGUUGGAGGAGAGCAAUGCGAAUAUGCAAUGGAUACACUGAGUGCCACAAAAGGUGCCUUCAUUGGGUAUCUGUCAAGAAUAUGUGCAAAGACUGAAAUUCACAUAGGGGUCGAGGCAGAUUUAGGAUCGGUGCCCGAUGAUGAAAGAAGCAAAUAUUCUGAAAUUAUUCCCGUGAGUUUCGUGAUAAACCAUAUGAUGUCCAUCAACAGCGCUUUGAAAGAAUACGCAUCGAAACUCAAUGAAAGUGUUGAUGUUAAUAUUGAGAAUGGUGAAUUAAACAAGAGAGCAAACCUUAGAAAGAACAAUGAGGAACCAGUGCAUAAUAUCGUCAUUGGUCCGGGCGCUAAACCUAAUACAGCUUUGCUAGCAAACUGCAAGAUUGUUUUGUUCUUCAACUUAGAGGGAACAACGUUCACUGUAUUUUGGGAUGAUAGAAGGUUCCUAACAGAGCAUAAUAAAAAUGGUGAAAAAAUCUCCAGUUAUUUCGGACACUUUCAGAGCUACCUGAAUAAUCUAAUAUCCCUUGGGUCAAAAGGUGAUAUGAAUCAAAUUGAACUGCUUGGUACCGAUGAGAGAAAUGCUAUACUGCAAGUGCCAGCGUUUGAAGCUCCCAAUAGUUUAGUUGCUAUAUUCUCUGCAACAUGUGCAAGAUACCCUAACUCGACUGCGCUUGUCUCUGGCAGCAAACAAUUAACAUAUAGCCAACUAAAAGAGGUUUCUGAAACCAUUGCUAAAGAACUUGAAGCAAGAAUACAAAGUGAUAGUACAAGAAAAGUCGUCAUUGGACAAUAUUUGCAAAAUUCUAUUGGGCUGAUAACAAGUCAGAUUGGUAUUCACAUAGCGGGGCAUGCAUUCUUGCCUUUACCCGUUGAAAACCCGAAUGAGAGAACAUGUUUCACAAUAAAGGAUGCAAAGGCCAGAUAUAUCAUAACUGAUAAUGAGAGUUUUGAGAAUAUCAAAACUUUGGACAUCUACUCCUCGGGGAGUAAGGUUUCUACUAUAGACGAUCAUGAAGGGUUGGUGCUUAUUGAAUUCACUUCUAUUGAAUCUGAUCCAAAACUUGAACAAUAUCACAAAAAUGAAGAUCUGGCGUACGUGAUGUACACAUCAGGUUCGACAGGGGUGCCUAAGGGUAUUCAGGUUACACAUCGGGGAGUGGCUAAUUGUAUCAUGGGAUUUGCACAAGGUUGGGAACUGACAUCUUCCGAUAUCGUUGCUCAAUUUGCGUCAAUAUCGUUUGAUGCAUCUAUCAUGGAAACGUAUUGCGCUUUUUUUGCUGGGUCAUCUCUGGUGAUUCUGGAUAAAUCACAACGUAUCGGGAAGGGUUUUAUCGAUACUAUGAACAAGUAUAAAAUAACUACAAUAUCCCUUACCCCAUCGGCGUUAAAGCUUUAUGACCCAACUGAUUUCCCAUAUGUUACCAAAGUUAUAUCAGCUGGUGAGGCGUGUGAUCGUCAAACGGCCGGACGCUGGCAUUCAAAAUCCGCUGUCUUCAUGAACGCCUAUGGCCCAACAGAGAUUUCCAUCGGUGCAACAUUGCAUCGAUUUAACCCAAUGAAAUCAAAUGUCAACAACAGCAAUGAUCUGCCAAUAGGUUCUCUAUUGCCAAAUGUCAAGGGGUAUAUUCUUGAUGAAUGUGACAAGCUGGUCCCAAAAAAUACAGAGGGUGAGUUGGUCUUGGGAGGCCCCGGGGUUGCUCUCGGAUAUUUGGGACAUGCGGCCCCUAGAAACAAAGAAUCAUUCAUAUCUGAUUUGUGUGAGACAAAUGAUAGCAUGUUUUAUAGAUCCGGGGAUAUUGUGUUCCGGGAUGAUAAUGAUGACAUUGUGUACGUGGGAAGGAGGGAUAAGAUGGUCAAAUUGAGAAGUCAAAGGAUUGAGCUUGGGGAAAUUGAAAGGGUCUUUCAACAAAAUGAGAAAGUUGAACAGGCUGUCGUUGUGCUUCAUAGCAAAUGCUCCAUGUCCCAUCCUGAUUCCAUCGUUGCUUUUGUCACCCCCAUUGAUGUAAAUGUCAAUGAAGUCAGAGCGUUUAUAACAAGACUACUUCCAAAUUAUAUGAUCCCAAGCGUUAUAAAGGAAACCAACACUGCUGAUUUACCCGUAACAAUAAGUGGGAAAAUUGACCGACUUGCACUAUCUAAAGAUGAAACGAUACAUGCAGGUGGCGCUUCUCAGAUAAGUAAUGGGGACAGUGAUGGGUUAGAUGAUUUCCAAAAACAGGUUGCCAUCACUUGGAUAAAAGUUCUCAAAUUAGACAACGAUUGUAUGAGUAAAAUAGGCAAGGAAACUUCAUUCAGGGAGCUUGGAGGAAACUCCUUAACUAUGAUUAACCUCCAAAAAUCUCUGAAAGUUGAUUUAAAUGUUGAGUUGACAUACUUUGAAUUAAUGAGUUCUGAUACAUUGGGAAAACUUGCUGAUCUUGUGCAAUCGAAAAUAACAAUAUCCUAGAGCGACUUGGUUGUCUGAUACAAUCACGGGGGUCAUCGAAAGAUUUGUCCAGUUUGGGGUAGCAUGCUUUUUAUAAAAAAUUAUUUUAUUUAAAUAAAUUGUACAUGUUAGACCAAUCGUUAUUGAACUUCAAACACAAGUGAACGUUAUCAUCAAAUGAUAUACUCAUUAUAUUGAGUAGUUCAUUUGGUAUAAGGAAACAUAUGAGUUAAAAAAAUAAUUUGUGAUUUUUUUAGUGUUUUGUGAAAAAUAGCUUGGUCCCCAAAGCUGGACAAAUGUUUUGAUUACAGCCUGUGAUAAUAUGCGUUACAAGUUUUGCCCAGGUGUAGCUUUAGAUAAAUAAGUCAAACUGUAAAAGGCCACGCAAUGUGCUCAUGUAAACAUCCUAUGUCACAUUGUCUCGAAACUUGAAAAUUAGGUGCUUAUUGGGCACAUACAAUAGUGUACAUUAUACAAUAGUGUAUUAUACUAAGUCUAUAUACAUAUAAUAAUUGUAUAUAGUAUAAUAAUAAUAAUGAUAUAUACAUUUAAUAAUUGUUCUGUCAAAACAUGAAUAAACAAUGAUAGAAAAAAACAUAUCUGUUUACUUGUUUUUCAUACCUUAAAGAAUGACUAUAUUCCAGCUCAUUGAAAAAUUCAAAGAUCAUUGUUUUUAAUGUAAAUCAUAUAGGAAAACGUGCUUUUUU